AUGCGCCGCCCAGGCAAGCCUACCGGCGGACGUCAAGCCCCAGGCCCACCCGGUGGGGCGCCACUCACCGGGAGCGCGCACGCGUCGGCGGCCAGAUUUCCUUCGCCCUCUCGGUCUCGGGUGUUUCCUUUUUUAAGCCGGUCGCCGCAAGCCGAGGCUGUGAUUGCACUCCUUCUCGGCGCAUGCGUCAUCGGUGACCCCCCCCCCCUCGGGCUCCGACGGCCGGUGCUCUGCGCAGCCCUGAGCUGCGGAGGGGUUCCCGGGCGCCGGAGGAGACUCCCGCUCCCUUGGGCCGCGCGUUUGCGCGAUACGCGGCCGCCGCCGGCCGUGCAGGAAAACCGAGAUCGCCCUGGCGCUCCUUCCCCGCACCGGUUACUGGAAAGCAGGGGAGGCGGGGCCUGGUCGGCUGAGGGUGCGGCCGAACCCGGGAGUGUUAACUUUGGGUCAGGGCGGCUUUGGUUUUCACCCUGGAUUCGAGGAGCGAGGAGGAGGAGAGAAAGGAGAGUUUCUUGUAUGAGGGAUCCAGAGGCCAAAAAGCGGACCCUCUCUCUCUUGAAAAGCAAAUCAUUUUGCCAACGCCAGGAAAAAAUUUUCGGGUGCACUGCUUUAGUCGCUUCUUAUUGGAGGGUGGGCCUGGGGAGACCGGACGUGAAUCCUUGGCUGGAGGAGGGAAGCCAAAGAAGUGUACUCAAGAGAAAAGGAACAUCAGAAUCGAGGAACUUAUUCAGAUCCCUGAUCAUUCACCUGAGGAUUUUUCUGUCGACAGUGGGAAAGCAUGAUGGAGUCAUCAUAUGACAGGAUUUUAGUAGACAUUUUUUUUCCUGCUUAGCAGUCUUUCCCUAUUCUGAUCAUUUCCUUUGGAGAACUAUCCUUUCUUCACUCUCAGACCAUAUGGCUGGGGCAGGACUCCAGAGGAAAACAUAUUUGAGUUAAUCCUCUGCCUUAGGUUAGACUUACUAAGAAGGGUGAUCUCUCUUUUCCAAUGGAUUUAAGUCUGGAAAAAUGGAAGCCUGAAGCCAUCUUCCCACUCACAGAUUCUGAGAAAGAAGGCAACAUGGAAGAAAGCAGAUUCAAAAAUGGAGAUUUGGCCUGGAGACAUGUUUGAUGCCCUGAAUCCAUUGUGGACUAGAUAAU